GGCACGCGCUAGUGGAGCGAUUCGUUUCAGCAACAACACACAAGCAAUCAUGGGGAAGUUCUUCAGGUGCACGCACCUGAUGAUACUGGGGCUGCUAUGUUUCUUACAGUAUCUGAUACCUGUACAAGCCAUCUACGAAUCCCAAGCAGGCACCUUUGACUGGCAUCAAUCCUGGCUAGGAAAGACUCGACUUUCGGCACUGCAAGGUGUCUCGCAACUUAUUGUAGCUACUGAACGCAAUGUGCUUGCUUCACUCGAUGUCGCAUCGGGAGCUAUUACAUGGCGUCAAGUACUCAGUGACUCUAUUGACAAAAUGAAAAUAACGGACCAAGGCAUUCUUACGGUGUGUGAUGAUACCACCACGGUGCGUUUCUGGGACAGCCAUACUGGUUAUUUAGUUUGGGAACGUGAUUUGGAGGAAUCGCAAAUGUUCACCGAGUUUUCUCCCGUGGUAUGGGAGAAUGGCGAUGUGGCGGUGGUGGGGCACGGUGGGGUGAUCAAGCUGUCCGCUGCCGGCGACGAGAUCUGGUCAUGGAAACGACCCGAUGUAUCCUCUUUGGAUAUCGUGGGACUGCAGCGCGUGGACAACCAGCUCUAUGUAAUUGAUGAACCGGAUCAAGAGGCCACCAAGCAGGUCUUCCACGUCACCGUACUUGAUAACGCCACAGGUGACAUUGUCAAAACCCUCAAAGUAUCAUGCCACAAACCAUCCGACGUCUCCUUUGUCAACAAUUAUAUGCUGUGGAAACAAAACGAAUCAUUGCAUUGGAACAUUCUUGGUACCAACAAAGUCCACACCAUCGCCGUCAAGAAAUUGGUCGACUCUAUUCCAUCAUUCAAGGGGGCUCUCUUGGAUACAUUUGAGUUGACUACGCUGGAUCAGGACCCUCACCUGAACCUGUUCAUUGUCACGGCUGAUGUCGAGGUAGCAGAAGAUACCUUUGCUACAGUGACCGCUGUUUUGAAAUUGUCGACGGAUGCCAAGUCAUUCUCUCUGGUGCACGACCAAGGGGUUCAGGAGGCAUUUGGUGCUGCGGCCGUGUCGGAUGCGACACUUGUGCUUGUUGGCAAAUCAUCAUCUACCGAAUUAUCGGCCACCGUGAUGUCACUGGGCGGCCAAGUGAGGCGACAAGUGACCAUUCCUCACGAUGUGUCUCUCACCGGAGAUAUUGUGAUUACCAAUCUUAUUAACACCUCACCUAUUCAUCUGUACGUGGUGACAGCCAGUGGUUCAGCUUUCAUGUUCAACGACACGGCGGUGAUGUGGUCUCGCGAAGAAGCACUGGGCCACAUUACGGCGACGGAAUUCUUGGAUUUGCCCGAGAAACAGCUGUGGACACAAAUGUCGGACGAACUGGACGAAUCCAAAGAGGAGCAGGCCAACGUUCAUCCUUUGACGCGAUACAUUCGUCGCCUGUCAACGCACGUGAUGGAAUUGCAGCAAUUGCCAAAGUGGGUGAUUCACCAUUUCACGGAUAUGGUCGCUUCCAACACGCUGACCGGUUUGGGACGAUUGGAUUCUACCCAAUCGAUGCUUCGUACCCAAGCAUGCUGGAUGAAUACUUCCGCGACUUCCGAAGUGCUUUACCGGGACAACUUUGGUAUGCGAAAAUUGCUCAUCUCCGUCACCGAUACCGGUAAAAUUAUCGCGCAGGAUUCGGCCCGCAAAGGAGCUAUUGUAUGGACGCGGUAUUUCGCGGAUGUGGAAUUCGAAGAGAUCCACGUAGUGAGAUCAACCACGGUCAAGUUACCGCCUGUGGUGGUUGCCAUUGGUCGAAGUGUGGAUGGAGGAUAUCAAACGACGCAUUUCUACCGCAUGAAUGGGUUUACAGGCCAAGAUUAUUACUCGCAAAUUCCGGAAGCCGAAAUGUUUUUCGAACCUCAGAUUUCAACCGAGAUCAGCGUCAGCAAAGUGAUGCCGCUUCCCAUCGAAGAUCCCGAAGAACGUACCCACCUUUUAGCCAUCUUUGAAGCCGGGACCAGCCGCGUGUACAUCUACCCUGAUACGGCCGGAGCUCGUGAAGCUUUCAGCCGUUUCCGACCCAACUUUUACUUUAUGCAUCAAGCUCACGACGGAUCUUUCCGCGGUUACCAAGUGAAUGAAGGUUAUCGCGGCAGCUUGACCGCUUCGCCCAUGUGGACGUUGACGUUGCCUCAAAACGAAGCUAUUGUGGCUAGUGGAAAACAACCAUCCAACGAAAAAGUCGCGUCUUUGGGUCGCGUGCUCGGCAAUCGCAAUGUGCUGUACAAGUAUCUGAAUCCAAACAUGUUUACGCUGGUAUCGACGAUUGAAGAAGAGGAGAAAAUGUUGAUUCGUAUUAUCGACUCGGUCAAAGGCACGAUUCUGUACGAGACGGUGCACGACAAGGUCGAUGCAAGCACCAACCCAGUCCACAUUGUACAAGCAGAAAACUGGGUCAUUUAUCACUUUUGGAGCAAUGACAAUCGGUUCAAAGGUUAUCAAGCGGUAGUCCUGGAACUUUUCGAAGGCGAACACGAGAACGAAAGAGUAGCCACUGUGAAUUUCUCAUCGUUUGAUAACAUGAAGCCUUCCGUUCGAUCGGCGGCUUUUGCCUUCCCUUAUGCUGUGCAGUCAGUAGGUGUGACGACGACACGCAAUGGCGUAUCGACACGCGAAAUUUUAUUCGCCUUGACGUCGAACCAAAUCAUGGGCGUAAACAAACGCCUGUUGGAUCCUCGACGACCACUUGAUAAACCUAGCAAGGACGAUCAAGAGGAAGCACUCAUUCCAUAUGCGCCUAUCCCUGACGAACGACGAGCGUUCUUGUCGUAUAACUUGGAGGUUGCUGGUAUUCGGCAUAUUAGCACAACUCCUGCCAUGUUGGAAUCCACGUCGCUGGUAUUUGCUUAUGGUUUGGACACCUUCUUCACGCGAUCGUCGCCAAGCCGACAGUUUGAUGUUCUCAGUGAAGACUUUUCAAAGUCUCAAUUGCUAUUGACAAUGGUUGGGUUAGUGGCUGGUAUUGUGAUUGUUGGACCGAUUGUGCGUCGCAAGAACGUUAAUCAGUUAUGGAAAUAAUAAAGAGAAAAAAAAAGACGCUGAAAAUAUUGUUUAUCCACCUCGA